UCAUACAACCUUAAACAUUGCAUCAAUGGCCGCUAUCCUGUUCUUCAUCUUGGCAUUCAUUUUUCUUCUUCUUCUUAUCAAGCAUUAUUUCCAGGCCCGACAGCGCCUUCCUCCAGGCCCGAACCAAUUCUGGGCCCUGGCAUACAUUCCUCAGCUGAUCUACAACCCCCACAUCGCCCUCCAGGCCCUGUCCAAAAUCUACGGGCCUGUAAUAUCAUUACAGCUCGGCCGGCAGCUCCUGGUGGUGGCGUCGUCGCCGGAGACGGCGAAGGCCUUCUGCAGAACCCACGACAGGGCAUUUUCCGGCAGGCAUUUGCCGGCAGCGUACCGGAAUCUUCCAGGGUCCCUGGACUCGUCCAUCCUGUUGUCGGACUGCGGUCCAGCCUGGAAGCUCCUGAGGUCCCUGGCACAGAGCGCCCUGUUUUCACCCAGGGCCAUGGAAGCCGGCGCUGUAGUGAGGAGGGAGCGGGUCCGGGACCUGGUGGAGAACCUGAAGUCCAGGGAAGGCGCCGCCGUGAAUUUGGAGGACAUGAUGUUUGCCACGCUGGCGAACAUUAUUUCCAGCGGCCUGGUGUCAGCGGACCUGUUCGAUCUCCGGAGGCAGGCCGACAGCGACUACGAGAAGGUGAUGGCUCUGGUGCAUGAGUUGAUUGAGAAGAUGAUCACUUUUGGUUUUGUCGAUUAUUUUCCGGCGCUGAAAUGGAUCGACUUUUGGAGUAAGAGUAGGGCUGAGGAAUUGUACACCGAAAUUAAGGAUAUAUGGGGAGCCAUCAUCGCUGAAAGAAGAUCGGGCAGCCGCCGCUCCGGCGGUGGCGAUAGUGGUGGAGAUUUCCUCGACAUUGUCUUUUCGGACACAGCAUUUUCCGACGAUCAGAUCGCCAAUUCUUUAGUGGAGAUGCUAAUAGCGGCUACAGAUUCAACGACAACAACAACCGUGUGGCUAAUGGUGGAGCUGAUCCGAAACCCGGACAAGCUGACCCGAGUCCGCGCCGAGCUGGCCGUCGCAGCCGACGGAGACGGCGGCCUGAGCGAGUCGGGCGUGUCGGCUUGCAGCUACUUCCAAGCGUGCAUAAAAGAAACUCUGCGGCUGCACGUGCCGGCGCCGCUGCUGGUGCCCCACCGGGCCUUGGAGUCCCGGGAGCUGGAGGGGUACGUGAUCCCGAAAGACAGCAUGGUGGUGGUGAACUCGUGGGCAAUUGCGAGGGAUCCGGACAUCUGGGAGGAUGCCACGUCAUUCAGGCCGGAGAGAUUCCUGGGAAGCGGAUUCGGAGUCGGAGUCGGGUAUAGAGGGACGCAUUGGGAGUAUAUGCCAUUCGGGUCGGGUCUGAGGAUGUGCCCCGGAAUGAGCGUGGCGGUGAAGAACGUGGAGAUGGUGGUGGGAUCGCUGCUGCAUCAUUUCGAGUGGGGGAUGCCGGGCGGGUCGGACCCCGCGGGUAUGGAUAUCCGGGAGAAGUAUUAUACCACUCUCAAGAAGGAGACGCCGUUGCUGCUCGUGCCCACGCUCAGAUACCAUAACAUUAAUUUAAUUAAUUAAUUAAUUAAUCCCUGAGAUUCACAUCUAAUUUUAUGUUGAACUGUGGCGAAUUAUCUUUACAUCUUUGUUUUCUUUAUCCAAUCUUUUCACCAUGUAAUCUUCAGUAAAUAUAUAUAUAUAUAUAAUACUAAUU